AUGUCAACCGUCAACAUGGCCAACCUGUGCCCUCCACCUUUCUUUGACGCGAGACUCUAUCCCAACAGCAAAGGAUUCGUCGACGGGCGCCUCUGCCAGAAGAUUGCCGACGGCAUCCAAUGUUGCCUGCCCUGCCCACUCACCAACUGGGUCUACCCGGACAGCUUCAACACCAUCGGCACCGUCGCCAACUGGGUCGCCACCGCCAGCGCCAUUUGCUGCCUCUACCUCCUCUUAUCCUGGGCCUUCCUGCCCGUCGACAAGACGAAUCGCCACUACCUCAGCAUUUGCCUCACCGCCGGAGUCUUUCUCAUGAACCUCGGCUUUAUCGUUCCCCUCGCCGCCCGCCCCGAGCAGUGCUACGACCGCAUCACCCCCCAUGGAAUGAAAACGAGUUCCGUCUGCGGUGCCUCGGGUGCUUUCCUCAUCCUUGGUGGCUGGAGCGGCGUCAUGUGGGCUUUUCUGCGCUCCCUCUCCCUCCACCUACAAAUCUGCUGGCAGGUAACCGUCGGCCGACCUUUCAUGUACUUUGCCCAAGCCGCGGGAUGGGGCAUCCCCCUCAUCGGCAUCGUUCUCGCACUCGUCUUCAGCGGCGUCUCGUUCCGCUUUGGCGCCGUGUGCCACAUCAAUCACGAAAACAGCCUCGCUGACCUCUGGAUCCCGCUGCUCAUCUUUGCCGGCAUCACCGUCAUCACCACAUUUGCUACCUUUGGCUACUGUGUGAAGGUGUACCUGGCGUCUCUAGCCGACAAUGCCGCCUCGACCGAGGGCUCUGGCCUACCGACCUACUCCAACAGCAUCCGUACCAUGACUCCACGGCAGGCAUACCGCCGCGUUAAGCGCGUCAUUGCGCUGCAGUGGCGCGGCAUCGCCAUCGUUCUCAUCAUCGUUGCCGACGUCAUCUUCUUUUCUGUCGUCUUCGUCUUCCAGGAUAACGUCGUCCAGUCCGUGACGAGGGACCCCAAGGUGGCUGAAAGUUGGGUGCUCUGUCUCAUUGGAUCCAGCGGCGACAAGAAUAAAUGCUUGAAAGAGGCAGGAAAGUUUGUGGUCAACGAAGCUACCGUUGCCGCUGUACUUUUACUGCUCGGGCUUAACGGUGUCUGGCUCGUUUUCCUGCUUGGUCGGCGAUCCAUGCUCGUCGGCUGGGUUGACCUGUUCAAGAAUCUCAUCGGCCGCGGCGAUGGGAAAAAGAAAGAGUUCGUGUCGGUCGACGCCAGACUCGACGCGAAAGCUGAUACACGUUCGUAUGAGAUGCUCUCGCGCGAAAACAGCACCGUGGUAACCCCGGCUUCGGCAGUGCAAUACUCGUCAACGGACCGCAAGACGUCCCCGUACCAUGAGCAAACAUCGGCUCAAUACCACGCUCCUUCGCGCUCCUUCUCGGCACCUCGCUCACCCGUGCAGCGGUCUUGGGAUGCGCAGCUGACGUUUGCCAAUGCGCGGUCACCGAACUCGCCUCCGCCCCCGCCGUCUCAGUCCCCGCGGUCACCUCAACAGGGCUUUGAACGCAGAAAUCAGCCCGAUAACUACGAGAGCAUGAAUCCCCUUGCCAUGAACAGAAUCUAA